AUGUUGAAGAAUUUAAAAUAUUUAUGGUUGCUCUGGACAUGGCUGCAAAUUGCAAACCAUUUGGAAAUCGCUAACGCUCAGACAAGUCAAAACAUCAAUGUGUUUUUUAUAAAUGAGGUGGAUAAUGAGCCAGCCACGAAGGCCAUUGAGGUGGUCCUUACCUAUCUGAAGAAGAAUCCCAGCUAUGGUUUAUCGGUGCAAAUUGAAUCCAUUGAGGCGAAUAAAACGGAUGCCAAAAUAUUGCUGGAAGCAAUUUGCAUCAAGUAUGUGGAUAGCAUUGAAAAGAAACAAACGCCACAUUUAAUACUGGAUACUACAAAAUCUGGAGUCUCCUCGGAAACGGUCAAAAGCUUUACCCAGGCACUGGGUUUGCCCACAAUUAGCGCCUCCUAUGGCCAGGAGGGCGAUUUGAGGCAGUGGCGCGAUCUGGAUGAGUCCAAGCAAAAGUAUCUGCUGCAAGUAAUGCCACCAGCCGACAUAAUACCCGAGGCAGUUAGGAGCAUUGUCAAGCGGCUGAACAUUACCAAUGCUGCCAUUCUUUAUGAUGACACUUUUGUCAUGGAUCACAAAUACAAGUCGCUGCUGCAAAACAUUCAGACACGGCAUGUCAUUACGGCCAUUGCCAAGGAUGGGAAACGGGAGCGCGAGGAGCAAAUUGAGAAGCUGCGCAAUCUGGAUAUUAAUAACUUUUUCAUCCUGGGCAAUCUGCAAUCCAUACGCAUGGUCCUCGAGUCCGUGAAACCAGCCUACUUUGAGCGCAAUUUCGCCUGGCACGCAAUCACCCAGAGCGAGGGUGAAGUCAGCAGUCAGAGGGACAAUGCUACGAUUAUGUUCAUGAAACCGAUGGCAUUCACACAAUAUCGGGAUCGGUUGGGCCUGCUGCGCACCACAUUCAAUCUGAAUGAGGAACCCCAGCUGGCAUCAGCCUUCUAUUUUGAUCUGGCACUCCGCAGCUUUUUGGCUAUCAAAGAAAUGCUGCAGUCAGGCGCCUGGCCAAAGGAUAUGGAGUAUCUGAAGUGUGACGACUUUCAAGGUGGCAAUACACCUGAACGCAAUAUUGAUUUGAGGCAAUUUUUUACACAGGUUAGCGAACCAACUUCAUAUGGGUCUUUCGAGCUGGUCACGCAACCGCGGAAACCAUUUAAUGGCUUCAGCUAUAUGAAAUUUGAAAUGGACAUAAAUGUGCUCCAGAUUCGAGGCGGCAGUUCGGUCAACAGCAAAUCGAUUGGCACCUGGACAGCUGGCCUCGACUCCCCGCUCCUCGUCAAGGAUGAGCAGCAAAUGCAGAAUCUGACCGCAGAUACGGUCUAUCGCAUAUUCACUGUGGUGCAAGCACCCUUUAUAAUACGCGAUGAGACCGCACCAAAGGGCUACAAAGGAUACUGUAUCGAUUUGAUCAAUGAGAUUGCGGCAAUAGUUCACUUUGACUAUGAGAUUCAGGAGGUGGAAGAUGGCAAGUUUGGCAACAUGGAUGAGAAGGGCGAAUGGAAUGGGAUUGUGAAGAAAUUGAUUGAUAAACAGGCCGACAUUGGACUGGGUAGCAUGUCCGUUAUGGCUGAGCGGGAAAUUGUGAUUGAUUUCACUGUGCCAUAUUACGAUCUGGUUGGCAUCACCAUUAUGAUGCAGCGUCCCAGUUCACCCAGUUCGCUGUUCAAGUUUCUCACCGUGCUCGAAACGAAUGUCUGGCUGUGCAUUCUGGCUGCCUAUUUCUUUACCAGCUUUCUAAUGUGGGUCUUCGAUCGCUGGAGCCCAUACAGCUACCAGAACAAUCGCGAGAAGUACAAGGACGACGAGGAGAAGCGCGAGUUUAAUCUGAAGGAGUGCCUUUGGUUCUGCAUGACUUCGUUGACGCCACAGGGUGGUGGUGAGGCUCCCAAGAAUCUAUCGGGUCGUUUGGUGGCGGCAACUUGGUGGCUUUUUGGCUUCAUCAUCAUUGCCUCGUAUACUGCUAAUUUGGCUGCCUUUUUGACGGUAUCGCGUUUGGAUACUCCUGUGGAGUCACUCGACGAUCUGGCCAAGCAGUACAAGAUUCUCUAUGCUCCCUUAAAUGGAUCCGCGGCGAUGACCUAUUUUGAUCGCAUGGCGAAUAUUGAGCAAAUGUUUUAUGAGAUCUGGAAAGAUUUGUCGUUGAACGAUUCACUGACGCCACUGGAGCGUUCCAAGUUGGCCGUCUGGGAUUAUCCAGUGAGCGAUAAGUAUACAAAAAUGUGGCAGGCUAUGCAGGAGGCGGGUCUGCCCGCCAGCCUCGAGGAUGCAGUGAAGCGUGUGCGCAAUUCCUCCACAGCAACGGGUUUCGCAUUUCUCGGAGAUGCAACGGAUAUCCGAUAUCUGCAGUUAACAAAUUGCGAUCUGCAGGUGGUCGGAGAGGAGUUCUCUCGCAAACCGUAUGCAAUUGCCGUCCAACAGGGCUCACAUCUUAAGGAUCAAUUCAAUAAUGCCAUUCUGACAUUGCUGAACAAGCGGCAGCUGGAGAAGCUCAAGGAGAAAUGGUGGAAGAAUGAUGAGGCGCAAGCCAACUGUGAGAAGCCCGAGGAUCAGUCGGAUGGCAUAUCCAUACAAAAUAUUGGCGGAGUCUUUAUUGUCAUCUUUGUGGGUAUUGGCAUGGCUUGCAUUACGCUCGUCUUUGAAUACUGGUGGUACAGAUAUCGCAAGAAUCCCCGUAUUAUCGACGUGGCCGAGGCAAACUCAUCGCAAGCUAAUCUCAAGGAUGGCGACAAGAUGACUGACGGGGUCAUGCUGGGUCAGACGGGCGACAAAUUUGAAAAAUCAAACGCUGCGCUGCGUCCGCGCUUCAAUCAAUAUCCGGCAACGUUCAAGCCGCGUUUUUAAAGUUAUGAAAAUAAUAUCAUACCAAGAUCUCUGUCUACGUCUAUAGCAAUUAAGUAAACAUGCAAUAUUCUCUCACAUUUGUGUGCACU